GGUUAGUGUUGUUUUUAUUUGUCAAAAUUUGUAAUUUGUGUUUCUAUAAACUCGAUUUAUUAUAAUUUACGUAAUUAUAAGAUGUAAAAACGGUCAGAAAUCACAAUACACAUAUUCGUUUGAUCACCCUAUAACCUUUAAAUACAGUAAAUAAUAAAAUUUUAGAGCAAUGCUACCGGUAAAAAUCAUCCAACCAGUCCUAGGAAAUUACCGAACCGUUUUCAAAUUUAGUCCUAUCAUAUUAAACAAUGUUAUCCGAAGGCAUAAAUCGGGCAAAGAAAGUAGAUUAACAGCGAGGGCCGAAAGAGCAGAACUGGACACAAACGUAAAACCGCUCGGAGAAAAAGUCAAAGAAACAACAAAAACUGUAUCCUAUUUAGGCAUAAUAGCUCUUGGAGUUGCUGUAACAGGCACUCUAUUUUACGCCGUUUUCAAGGAGUUGUUUUCGAGCAACAGUCCGAACAACAUUUACUCCAAAGCAGUUAAAAAAUGCAUAGCAGAUCCUCGAGUAGAAGACAAAUUGGGGAAUCCCAUAUCAGCGUACGGAGAAGAGACUAGAAGAGGUAGAAGACAGCACGUUUCCCACGUGGUUUACAUGGGAAAGGACGGAAGGAAGCAUUUGAGAAUGCAGUUUCAUCUGAAGGGCUCUUUUCACAAGGGAGUUGCUCAAUUAGAUAUGGUUGAGAACGAUGCUGGGAAUUUUGAGUACAGGUACCUUUUUGUGGAAGUCGAUGAUAUGCUGAGGAAUGUUAUUGUUGUUGAAGAUAACAGGCAUGAAGCAUCUACAGUUGUUCCAGAUGGAUCCUUUGCGGAUUUUAAAUAUUAAUUAGAAAUUAUUGUUUCUUAUACUCAAUUCAGAAUACACUUUAUUUUAAUAAUUACAAGAAGAUGAACUUUUUUAUCAGUUUGAGAUUUUUCUAUGCUCUUUUUUUGUUGUUAUAGUACCAAUUUUUAUGUAAAUCUUCAUUGUUGGCAUAAAAAAUAGAAAUACUUGUAAAAAUAUGUUCUUUAUUUUUUGUUUAAAGGCGAAUCGGCAUAAUACCACACUAAUCUAUUGUGAAAUAUGUAAUCUUUUAUUUUUCGUGCUAACCAUGAUAAAAUAAUGUAUAUAGCAAAGUACUGAAUCCAUGCCAUUUUAAUUAUUUGCCAGAAUCCAGGACGGUAAUAAAUUUGUUGUUUGGGAUAUUUUACCAAC